AUGGCAGCAGAGCUAGUUCGUGCAGCAAUUGAAAGUAAAGAUACGCCAGAGAGGCUAAGAUUCUACUACUACACAGCUGGAACUGGUGGUGCUGGCCCAACAAUAUUAGCUACAAGCUUCUUGUUGUUGGGAGAGGAAGUAGUUGUGUAUAACAAAGGAGAAAAGAUCACAAUGAAGCCAUAUAGUGCAAUGCUCAACGUGGACUUUGGAAAAGGAAUUGGCAAAAGAGAUGUUUAUCUACUGAAUUUACCGGAGGUUAGCAGUGCUCAUGAGAUUUUAGGAGUGCCAACUGUAAGUGCUCGAUUUGGAACAUCACCAUUUUUCUGGAAUUGGGGGAUGGAAGCUAUGACAACACUUCUUCCUUUGGAAUUUCUGAGAGACAGAUAUAGAGUCCAAAUUUUGGUUCAGUUGUUUGAUCCUUUUGUAAGAGCAUUGGAUGGGAUUGCUGGAGAACGCGUAUCAAUGAGGGUUGAUUUGGAGUGCGCAAGUGGACGCCAUACUGUGGGUAUAUUCAGUCAUAGGAAACUUUCAGUAUCUGUAGGAUUUUCAACAGCUGCUUUUGCCCUUGCGAUUCUGGAAGGAAGCACUCAGCCAGGAGUUUGGUUUCCCGAAGAGUCUCAAGGAAUUCCUGUUGAAGCAAGAGAAGUUCUCCUCAAGCGUGCUAGCCAGGGAACGUUUAACUUUGUAAUGAACAGGUCGCCGUGGAUGGUUGAAACAAAUCCAAAGGAGUUCGGGUUAGGAAUAUACUUAUAA